UUACGCUCUGCUUUUGAUAGUGAUGGAGUUACCGAAAGCAGUAGCAAUCAAAGAAGUGUCAAUGAAUCAAAGAUGUGGGGAAAUCCUUUCAAUGAUCCUGGAGGAUGCUUAUCAGAUCAAGUUAACGCUGGAUGACUUCGGAGAAGGGCCAAACGUUUGCGAGUUGACGAUAGAAGCCUGGUACACGUGGCCGAGGAUGAUGGUCUACGUUGAGGACUUGAACCUCAAUUGUUCCGAUGGGUACAUUGAUAUGUAUGACGGUGCAUUUGAUGGAACAGAACUUCGAGGAGUUAGUGGUCAGGUCUGCGGAGACAAUACUACUGGAGACGUUCAUUUAAGCAGCGGUCUUCUGCGAGUUCGGUAUACGCGCCUCGCAAAGGCGGUUACUCUGAACAUUAUGAGCAUGGUUGUAACAGCUUACUCCACACGCGAUGAUAACGAAUGCCAGAGUACAUCAUUCCAAUGCGACAACGGUCGAUGCAUUGAGGGUAGCAUCAGAUGCAACGUUCAUAAUUCCUGCGGAGACCACAGCGACUGUCGAACGGAUGCGUCCUCGUUGAUCCGGACCGUAACUUUGGUUGGUUGCCUUGUCGGAAUUGUUACCCUGGCAACCGUCGCUGUCAUAUCAUGUCGGAUGGUUCGUAGAAAUAAAUUGAGGAAACCUUACAAGGAAACUAAGAGCAACAAAUCGGAACAGAAAGUUUACACAACCGAGAUGUCGGGCCAUAGCGGUCAAAAUUUGAAAGAUCAGCUCGUUGGGUCUCCUCCAGACGUUAAGAAGGCUCUGCUUUUCGAGACGACACCGUCCACUGAGCAAGUUAAAGAUGCAAUAGUCGUGUCGAAGUCGCUUACAGCAGCUAAGAAGCCAGCAUACCCAGUAUCUUGGUUGGAUACGAGGAAAGGGUCGUUCAAAUAGUGCAAAUAUGAUCAUAUGUGAAUUUGCAUUAUCGAUUAUAUCCAAGAAAAGAACUUUAAAUUGUGGUCUCCCAGUUUGCCAGUGGUUGGUCAAUCCGUAUCAAUUAUUGCACAUUAAAAUAAUCGAUUGAUUAUAUUAAAACUUUUAAUAGAUAUUAGACAUUACUUGGAAUAUGUGCAAUUUACUUUGUUUCGCAAGUGAACCACACAUUCCUGUGUUAUCCUCCCCUUUGAACAUUGCUGAUUCAGCAGUCAUAGUUUGACAAACCUCUGUCAUGACUAUGAAUUUACAAGUGGAUUGAGCUAUUGUGAAGGAAACAGUUUUUUAAUUAGAUUCCAAUGUAUCCGUACAGUGUUUUGCUGUUGAUGUUAAUGUUGAAAUGGAGACUAAGCAACGGAACGUUCAAGCAUUAAUGUAUACAUGUUAUAAGAAUAAGUAUUCGAUAGAGAACAACUCUUGUUUAUCAUCACAUAAACUACAGGUCAAUAUUUUUAAAAUACAAUAUGUAGGGUAAUCAGCUAUCUGGCGUUAUGUUCGUUGCGUACAAAUGUCUUAAGACGCUUAACAGAUUUGCAUAAACAUGAUAUGAAAACAAAGUUUACGUGUUUGGAAGUUUUAUCAAUGUUGCAUAUGACUAUUAAGAAGUUGUUUAUUGUAUAUUACACUAUUUUUAUUGCGCAAGUAUGCACUUGCUCAGCUGUUCAAUACGCUAAACAGAGAAAACCGAUUGUCGUGUUUUUGUUAAAAAUUGACAAUUGCAAUAAACGUUCUGGUUUUAAACAA